AUGGCUUCGACGGAACAAGAAGUACCAGCUGCCGCAAGCGCUGAGGCUCGGGAGGUCCCUCCCGAUAAUAAGGUUCCAAGGACUGCUACCGAUCUCUCUCUUGUCGAAGAACAGGGAGAUGAGAAUGGGAACGAAAGAGCGUCUCCAAUUGAAGUUGAGAAGAAAAAGAAGAGGAAGAAGAAAGUGCAGAAGGCUGUCCAAAGUGAUCCACCCCGAGUCGGUCUCUCUAAGCUUUUCCCAAAUAAUGUUUACCCGGAGGGUCAAAUACAGGAAUAUAAAGACGACAACCACUAUCGAACAACUUCGGAGGAAAAACGAUAUGUUGAGCGGCAAAUUAACCAAGAUCCCGAGCACACGUACAAUUCAAUUCGCCGCGCAGCGGAAGUGCACCGGCAAGUGCGAGAAUACGCGCGCCGUUGGGUUCGUCCGGGAAUGACAAUGACAGAAAUUGCCAAUGGUAUUGAGGAUAGUACCAGAGCUCUGGUCGAAGAGAAGGGAAUGGAAAGCGGCAUUGGCUUCCCAACAGGUCUCAGUCUCAAUGACUGUGCUGCCCAUUAUACGCCAAAUGCAGGUGAUAAGAUUGUGCUCAAAUCGGGGGACAUCUUGAAGGUCGACAUUGGAGUGCAAGUGAAAGGGAGGAUAUGUGACUCCGCGUUCACAUUAUCUUGGAAUCCGGACUACGAGAACUUGCUGACAGCCGUCAAAGAUGCAACCAAUACAGGGAUUCGGGAAGCAGGAAUAGACGUCAGAUUAGGGGAAAUAGGAGGCUACAUUCAAGAGACCAUGGAAUCCUACGAAGUGACAAUCGGGACAAACACCUUGCCAAUUAAGUCGAUCGAAAAUCUAACUGGCCAUACCAUCGGGCUGUACCAAAUACAUGGCGGAAAGUCGGUACCGAUCGUGAAGACCGGAGAUAGGACCAAAAUGGAGGAGGGGGAGUAUUUUGCCAUCGAGACGUUUGGCAGCACGGGCCGGGGACAUGUGGUUGAGAGUGGGGAAGUCUCACACUAUGCCAAGAUUUUAGGGGGUCCAAAGCCAAGAAGAGAUGCUCCGGCAUCGGCUAAGAAGGUGCUUUCUGCCAUCAACAAGCAUUUCGGUACACUACCAUUCUGUAGGCGAUACCUUGAUCGUGCUGGCGAGACGUCAUACUUGUAUGGGCUUCAAAAACUCGUGCAAGAAGGUAUUGUUCAAGACUAUCCACCGUUGAAAGAUCAACCCGGAUCCAUGACAGCCCAGUUUGAGCACACGAUACUUCUUCGGCCAACUGUCAAGGAAGUUGUGAGUCGCGGUACUGACUACUAGGAUCCUUCGGGUGCGUCUAGCGUCGCGGUCACAAUGCACAGCAGCCUUUCAUACCCCCCCUCCCUUACGGAUCGCUUUAUUUGCUUCAGGAUGAUUCGUCGGAGCCGCUCGAGUCCAGCGAGACCACGGAACUGAAGUCUCAAUCUCAUGUUCAUUACCGUGUCAGAUGUCCUGAGGCUUCAAUACAGAAUCAUGUACGCAGAAGCAGGGGAAUUAACCGACAGCACUGUUGUCAGGCGUGGUCUCGCAGAACUACCACCUCCCCAGUUGUCACAUCCCCUCCUCCGGGGGAUCGACGAAGGCAUGGUCUGUGUUUCCCCCUCCAUUCCCAGAACUGCGCGCCAUAAGACAGAUACUUGCUUGUCGUGCAAGGGACAUCAUAACGUCUUUAAACACUCCGAUACCUUUCUUUGCCACAAGUUAUGGAAUGGACAUGCUGGCGUCUCAUCCGGACAGCAUCGAUAACCCAAUACCCCUGUCAUCC